AUGAGCGUCGUUGCACGAGAACAAGGCGAUGAGACGUCUAGCUACGCAAAAGGUCGCGAGGCAUUAAAAGUAGGCGCAACCUCCGUCGCCGAAGCCGUCCGGGUCGCCAAGAACUCGGAGGCCAUCACCGUGGCCCUGGCCUCCUCCCAGAAGGCGGGCGGCUUAAUAGGGCGGCACCGCAAAGAGCCGAAGUCAAAAAUUGACUAA